AUGUCAGAGCCUUUUCAGCUAACAAAAAAGGAUAAAUGUAAAAUAAUAAAUGUUGAUUUUUAUGAAAUGUAUUACUAAAUUAGAAUAAAGAUAGUUUUAUUGCCAUGAUUGAUUCAUCAAAUAAAAUGUAUAUAUUUGCCUUAAAUACACUGCUUCCAAUUUAUUAUCUUGAGUUACCAAUAUAGGUAGUUAACAUUACUUUUGGAAGAAAGUCAGAGGAAAUAGCUGUUUUCUCAGAAAAAGAAAUUUUGAUAUAUUCAUUACAAGAUGACAUAAUAUUUUAGAAAAAAAUGGAAAUAAUCAAUUUAAUAAAAUUUGAUUUUAUGGAUAAAGAUUAUUUGAUUCUCACUUAAACUCAUUUAUAAAACUCAAUUAUGUCUGUUGAUACUCUUGAUCCAAUUACAUUUGAAAAAAUCCAUUUUUAAAAGAAUUACAAUUUAUUAAUUCUUUUUUAAGAUUCAAUUUAGUUAUUUAACAAUUUAAGUCCAUAUUUGAGCUUCUAAUAAAAAUUUAACAAUAAAUCAAAGUUAAGGUAUGAUCAUUAAUAGUAAUUGAUAUGUAUUUUUGAAACAAAUUAAUUGAGUAUCUAUUUUAUUUUUCAUGAUUAAAUUAAGCAUAGACAUACAUUAUCACUUAAUAUUGAAAAAAUUUAGGAUGGUUGCUUUUUUUCCCUUCCAUUUUACAAAUAACCUGGAUUUUAUGGAGAUCAGAUAUUUAUUUACAGUAACUAAUUUAUUUAAUAUUUAAAGUGGCUAUGACUAGAGGCAAGUUAGGUAGUUAGUUUUAAUUCGUUGACUAAGAUGGAGAUAGAUAAUGUAUUGGUAAUACUUUUUAAGAAAAAAAGUGUAAAACCAUUAUUCCAAUAUCAAAGUGGGGGAAUAAUUUACUUGUCUUAUUUGAAUAAGGUUGCUUAAACAGAAUAAAAUUAUAUAAAUUUCCACAAUUUGAAAAAUUGGAUUUUAAAUUUUAAUAUUACCCAAGAAAUGAAACAUAUAAUGAAUUAGAAGAUGAAUUUGAUAAGAAAAUCAAAUAAUCAUCUAUUGAAUUAAAAGAGGAUUAAUUUUCCUAAAAAAUACUUGACCCAUAUUAUUCUUAUUGUGAUGAACUCAUUUGA